CAGAGUGGACAACAGCACGUAGUAGAGAGCAGAAGCACAUUUGAGGUGAUUUCAGAGCGUCUGAGGAGGCUCAGUGUUGUGCGCAGCUGGAAGGAGUCUCAGCUAAUACAGAAGCAUGGAACUUCAGAGCAAGAAGCCUGAUGCAGGCACGUCAGUGAACUACAGCCCAGGAGUGGAAGAAAGGCCGCUGGAAAGGCCACGGGAGGAAGAAGGUGUGGAUAAUCAAAGAAGAAUCUACCCAGUCCAGCAAGGAAUAAAGAUUCAGUUUCAUUCAGCUGUUUCUGACUCUACGAAUGUGGCUGAAGAGGGAAUCCGCCACUGGACAGAUGAUGAAGUAAGAGCGCUGCUGUGCGUCUGGGCCGACCGCAACGUUCGGGAACGUUUGAAAAGCACGCUGCGCAACAAAUCCAUAUUCCAAGAGAUGGCUCAGCAGAUGCAAAGAAAAUAUGGGGUGAUACGCGACUGGAGACAAUGCCGUACAAAAUACAAGAAUUUGAAAUAUGACUAUAAGAUUGCUAAAAGUGCACACGCUGCAGGAGGCAGCAGUGCAGGAAGCCUGGGGAAGUACAUGAAGUUUUUUGAUGAAGUGGAAGCUGUUUUACUGGACAAAGGACUGGAAAAUGGGAGCAUGGAGAUGCAGAAGAGACUAGAAGCAGGGAGGCUACAAACACCAGCAGGCCACACGGGGCAGAUAACAGGCUCUGAGAGUGAGGUGGUCAUCGACAUGGAUGAUGAUGACAACAGUGACGAUUGCAACAUGGACGGAGAAAUGGAAAUAAAGAGAGAGAGAAGUUCAGGUUUGCCAACAAAGAAAAGAAAAUCUGCCACCUGUGGAGUUUAG